AUGAUUACAGCGCCACGCUGCAACCGCUCGCCUCUAUCAGCACAGGAUCUCGAAGAGAAGGGAGACAAAAUGGUCUCCUCGGUUCCGGAACAGCAAAGCGAGCCCAGGGAUAGUUUGCCCUCGUGGCCAUCUGGAGGCCCGGCAUCUUCUCUGGGCUCGGCUGUACCCGUGUCGUACAGUUUCGAAUUCGAGAGCAUCCACGGUCCUAGGGCAGCGGAAGCUGCUCAGUUCCACCCCGAAGGAACUUUCCAGCUCAGCCAGCCCGUGCUGGAAAUGACGAACAUCCAGGGCGCUGACUUUAUCAGCAUCGCCUUUUUCGGCGACUAUAUCUACGCCGGCCGACCAUCACGCACGGCCCGAAUGGUUGUGUAUGCGGUUAACGGGCUGAAGGACGUCACGAUCAAUGAGAAAUAUGGGAAAAUUGAGUUCGUUAUAAGCCCUGGUGUAGGUAGAAUUUCGUCUGCCGUGAUGAAGCCCAAAUCCGGACGGUUGGGUGAGUGGGUUGUUCGUCAUUCUAUGAAGGCUAUUUGUCAGCUGCGGAGAGCAGAUGACAUGUGGGAGAAGUGGAGCUCCUUCCACAAAGAGUUCUGCAGAAGGAAGGCCCAGCAGUUGGUGCCGGGUCCGAGCUCAACGCCAGUUUUACCUUCGCCGCUCGAUGCAAUGCCGCUACCUCAGAGACCGGCAGUCCAAGCUGCUUCUUUGCAGUCGAGAACUCAACCAGACGCGCAGGGAAAACACCCACUGCCCGCACGUCCCGCACCACAACCAAUCGGUAUUCCACCCUACCCUGACGUCGUGAUUAGGCCUCGCAUGGGGAACCCGUUCCAAGUUGGAGCUCAUGGCCAGGAUGCCGAGCUGAGGGAAAAGCAAGAGAAGCCGGGUCAGGAGAUCAAUACCAGCAACAUUGGAGUGAAGCGGCAUGCUCCCACCGAAGGCAACGCUCACGAUACGGGCGCGACCGUCAACAAGCGAGCCCGGAAUGUUUAUGACGAAGGCGGUCGACGCAAGCCUUCUCCUCACGCUGACCACCCUAUGAGCAGAAGUGUAACGGCCGAGCAGAUGGACCCCGACAGGAUGUCACCUGCGACGCUUUGUCGCUUCCCGUCAGUGUCUCCACCGGAGCCGAUCAACAACGUCAAUACGAACCCUCUCGUUCUCAAACUUCGCAAAGCGAUCCUCUACGACGAUGGAGAAGUUACGGUGAUUGACAGUCCUCAACCCUACCAGCAGGAGUUCCUCCUGCCACUCACUAUCAGGCUUACCGAGGAUAACCUGCUUUGCCUCUACAUCCCGAACCUCGGUCAGCUUUCCAUGAGCAUCAGGGACGUGCACUACUUCAGGUGGGGUUGGGAUCUCCAAAACGAGAACGGCCUUUUCCUUGAGGUCUUCAAGUCGAGAGUGCAGGUUCUUCAGGGGGAAAAGAUGAGAGAGCAGGGAGAAUUCGCCGAAUCGCCUUGGAAGGCUUACGACUGGUCCCGCCCAACGCGUGGCUUGCUUUACAAGAUCAACCAGAAGUCGGAGGGCUUAUUAAGGGUCCAGCUUGAGUCAAAGCUUGGUAAGCGCGCCCUUCGGGAGUUUGUCGAACAGAUUCAGAAGGCUCGCGCUUGA